CUGCGGCAGUGGAAUCAGGUCGCUGGCAAGGACCCAGGCAGCCAGGGACCCAGGCAGCAGCUUUGACAGAAAGGAGGCCCACAGGACAAGCACCAGCAAAUGUGUGAUGGAGCAGAGACUAGAGCCCAGUGCUCUCAAACCAGCCCCCGUGGGUGGCUCUCUCCUAAGCGGCCUCUGAGUUUUCAUUGUAGGGUUUGGUUUUGUUUGUGCUGGGAACGGUGGGCUGCUUUGCCCGUGCCUUCUUCCUUCUGCACCCAGAGAGGCCGCCCUUGCCCGGAAGCAGGCAACAGGUUAGUGAGCAGGGCCCUUGCUGUCAGAGCUGGGCCGCUGCCCUGCAGGUGCAGCUGGCGCCCUGGGUCCCCUGAGCACCUGUAGCACCCCCUGAUCCCAGCCUCUGCUCCUGCCUCGCCCCCCAGUGCCUGACAAGCUGCUCUCACCCCGAGCAAGGUGGAGGCGACAAUGGCAGAGGGGGAGGGAGGGGAGAAGAGCAGUGACUGGACGUGGAUCCAGACUCAUCCUUCACGGGGAAGCCAGGGGAGGAAAGCCCUGGCGGGUGGUCUCCAGGUCACAGUGCCCGACAAGAAGCAGGUGGCCAUGCUCUUCCAGCCCACGCUGCUCCGCUGCCACUUCUCCACGUCCUCCCGCCAGCCCGCCGUGGUGCAGUGGAAGUUCAAGUCCUACUGCCAGGAUCGCAUGGGGGAGUCCCUGGGCAUGGCCUCUCCCCGGGCCCAGUCUCUCAGCAAGAGAAACCUGGAGUGGGACCCCUACCUGGACUGCUUGGACAGCAGGAGGACCGUUCGAGUGGUCGCUUCAAAACAGGGCUCGACCGUCACCCUGGGAGACUUCUACAGGGGCCGAGAGGUCACCAUCGUCCACGAUGCAGAUCUUCAAAUUGGAAAACUCAUGUGGGGAGACAGUGGACUCUAUUACUGUAUCAUCACCACCCCCGAUGACCUGGAGGGCAAAAACGAGGACUCGGUGGAGCUGCUGGUGUUGGGCAGGACAGGGCUGCUUGCUGACCUCUUGCCCAGCUUCGCUGUGGAGAUUAUGCCAGAGUGGGUGUUUGUGGGGCUGGUGAUCCUGGGCGUCUUCCUCUUCUUCGUCCUGGUGGGCAUCUGCUGGUGCCAGUGCUGCCCACACAGCUGCUGCUGCUACAUCCGCUGCCCCUGCUGCCCGGAGUCCUGCUGCUGCCCUCAGGCCUUGUAUGAAGCAGGGAAAGCAGCCAAGGCCGGGUACCCUCCCUCUGUGUCCUGUGUCCCCGGCCCCUACUCCAUCCCCCCUGUCCCCUUGGGAGGAGCCCCCUCAUCGGGCAUGCUGAUGGACAAGCCGCAUCCACCUCCCCUGGCUCCGAGCGACUCCACUGGAGGAAGCCGCAGUGUUCGCAAAGGUUACCGGAUCCAAGCGGACAAAGAGCGGGACUCCAUGAAGGUCCUGUACUACGUGGAGAAGGAGCUGGCUCAGUUUGACCCGGCCCGGAGGCUGCGGGGCCACUAUAACAACACCAUCUCAGAACUCAGCUCCCUGCACGAGGAGGAUGGCAAUUUCCGCCAGUCUUACCAUCAGAUGCGGAGCAAGCAGCUCCCCGUGUCCCGGGACUUGGAGAGCAAUGCUGACUACUGGUCGGGCGUCAUGGGAGGCAGCAGUGGGACGAGCCGGGGACCCUCGGCCGUGGAGUACAACAGAGAGGACCGGGACAGCUUCAGGCACAGCCAACAGCGCUCCAAGUCCGAGAUGCUGUCGCGCAAGAGCUUCGCCACGGGGGUGCCGGCCGUGUCCAUGGACGAGCUGGCCGCCUUCGCCGACUCGUACGCGCGGUCCCGCCGGGCGGCGGAGGGCGGCCUGGACGCCCGGGCCGGGGGCCGCUUCGAGCGCUCGGAGUCGCGGGCGCGUGGGGGGCUCUUUGGGGACGGCCCGCCCGAGGGGUACCCACCCGAGGGCUACUCGCCGGAGCGGUACUUCGGGGCGCGGAGCCACAGCCGCGAGCCCCCCGCCGAGGCCGAGCGCGCCUGGACCCCCGAGGCCGCCCCGCUGCCCCGGCUGGUGAGCCUGCCCGCCGCCUGUGAGCGCCCGGGCCGCGGGGGCAGCCUGGAGACCCCGGCCCGGCGCGGCGCCCCCUACUACGCCUGGUCCCCGCCGGCCACCUACCGGGCGCGCGCUCCGCGGGGCAGCGACGAGGGGGACUCGGCCGAGGACACGCUGCCGCCCUACAGCGAGCUCGAGCUGAGCCGGGCGCCGUCCCACCGCGGCCGCGACCUGUCGGCCCACGGCUCCUCGGAGAAGCGGCGGAAGAAGGAGCCCGCCAAGAAGCCGAAUGACUUUCCAACCAGGAUGUCCCUUGUGGUCUGAUGUUUGUUCGAGACGUCUCUCUGGAUGACGAGAAUCAGAAGUGGACAAUGGGGACAAGACACAAAUCCAAGCGCCAGCAGGCCGGGACCUUCUCCGGCCGCCACCUUGGAAGGUUUGCUGAUCUUUGCUUUGGCCAGGGACGGGGGAAGCCUGAGCGAGGCUGAUUCCAGACCUCAGUACCGUGUGACCGGUUUGAGAAAUCGCCAUGCGAGUGACUGCACGCAGGAAUGUUCCACACGCGCAUUUCUCGCCCGACCAGUCUCCUUAGCCGAACCAGGAUUCUUUCCAAGUCUGACAGGAGUGAGCUGGGGACGCUAAGCUCCAGGAAUGCCGCUGCCUUCAGCACGCAUUUCUGUGCCGAGAGGCGGCAGAACUUAUUACUGCUAUCAGAAGGCCUUCUGCUGACAACGGGAGAGAGCUUCCGGCUAAGUAUACGUGUUAUCCCAUCUCCUCUCGUCCCUACUCAACGCUGUGGUUACACUGAAGUCAGAAGCUGUGAGUGAGCGCAUGACAGAAAUGACUUCAAUUUGUUGUCGGAACAACACGGAAGAGAGUAUAUACCUGUAUGGAAAGCUAAGUGGGUUCCUUUCCAAUUCUGAGAACAUAAGCUGCUUUUUCUCUCUCUGCUGCACACACCUGAGUCUUGGACAAGAGCUGGGGCCACACAGAGCCCCGCCUCCCUCCACAUGCCGACAGGCUUUUUGAUAAAUGCUUCAAGUCUGCAUGUGCAGGAGAAGAGGGAGCGAAAGGAGAGGAUGCAGCAAUGGAGUGAAGAGAAAAGAAUGCAUGUUCUCGUACUUGGAAUAUGGGCCAUUUCCCUCCCGAACUCCACGUGAUCUCCCUGGGUUCGUACUGCGUUUGCCAUGCGUGGUUUCUGCCACAGCAGCUCUGCUGCUCCAGGCCCCGGAGACGUGCCCACGCACCUUGGCCUCACGCUGUGGCCGCUCCAGACGCGUUGGGAGCCGAGGGACACUGCUGCCGGGGGAGCACUUCCUGUCCCCACCACGGCCGAAAUGACAGGUCUGCCGCCCAAUAGAUCACUCUGGAUUUUGUAAUUUGUGUAAAUUGAAAAAAAUGGCCACACUUUCCUUCUCACCCAGAAGUGAAGUCUGCCUCUCCACCCUGGAAUCUGGCAUGGCCAAGUCAUAUGGUUGGGCUGGUGGCCCAGUAACAAAUGUGACACAAGCCGAGAUGGGAAAUCCUUGGGCAUGGGACUGCCCUCUCUUGCUGUUCUUGGGCACCUGGCAGUUACCACCAGGGGAAGGAGCUGGGCUGUCCCGCUGCAUGAUGGGAGAAAGGGCCCAGUUCCCCCUCUCCCUCUCUGAUUGCAGACAUGAGGGAACCCAGCUAAAACCAGCAGAAGAACUGCCAGUGAGCGAGCCCACAUCGCUGACUCCUACUCAAGGCAUGAGACGUUGCUCUCUCUACAUGUUCAUCAUCUUGCUUCACUGUCCGGCCCCGAAUCCCUGACUCCAUCCAGCCUUGGGUGUCUCACAGUCUCCACUUUCUUGGGCAGACUUUGGCCAAAGCCUUUCUGCCCAGGCUGUAUGGCGGGACUCGUGGUUGGGUCCUAUCCCUGGAGGGUGCUCGCCUGCCACACGGGUCCAUCCUGUACCUGUGGCUCUCUGGACAGCUUCCUCCUUCAGCAUCUCCUUGGGCUUCUCCAGGGCCACCUGACUGGAGCUGGGCCUCAUUCUCAGAGGACCAUCCCAUUUGCAUCAGGUUUUACCAAAACAGUCGUAUGUGUGCAAUGAAACGAAGAAGUGGCUGGGUGAGGCCAGUGGAUGGGUUGAUGUCAUUGCUUGGAGAACUGGGCUACCAAGGACUCCGCGGUGGCUCUGGCCUGUCCGAGAGGACCCAGGCGGACAGUUCAGCCCAGUGCUGGCACUUCCAAGGGCUGGAAGACAUGAGCCAUAACCCUGGUGCUGAGUCUUAGCCGUGCUGCUGUCCCUGGCCUCCAAAAGCCUAGGUCUAGUCUGUCCAUUUGGGCCCUGGUUCAGAUGGAAAAGAAGAUUAAAACAUCCUUUCUUAGUCACCAGCUUUGGAGUCAACUUGCUCAGGCAAUCUUGGAGAACAUCGGUAGCUGCGGGUGCUAUUCUCUCUUCAUCCGCACCCCGAAUCAGGCUUCUCGCCACCAAAGAGCCCCCCACGCCCGCCGCAGAGCCCCCUGCUGCUGCUCCGAGCCGGGCACUCUUGCUUGGGUGACGGUGGAGGAGGCAGUGGGAAAGGACUAAAAUUGGAAACCUGCAAUUCCAAGGACGAUACAGGUGCAGGCAGUGACAGACAUGCAGUAACUGGGCUGGGCCAGCUUGUCUGUAGAGUGCCUGAGACGUCAAGGCCUGCAGGGAAGAGAGAAGACAGUCGCUUCUGGGUACGUGGGCAGGUGGUGAGGCUGACGGACAAGGGAAGGCAGAGGUGCCAUCGGUGCCCAGGCUUCCUGGCCCGCCCUUGCUCCUGCUCUCCUGAGUCAUGUAUCCUCAGAGGAAGGGCUGGCCCAGCUUCCUUCCCCAGCUUCCUGGGGCACAAAGCCAGUCUGGGGUGAGACUGGUCUCUGUCCACUGGGACCUGGGGAAACAGGACAUGCCCAAAGAGAACGGGGAGGUUCUGUGCCCAUCAUGUGACGCCCUGCUAUGGAUAAGUGACAGCAGACCCGGAGAUUAAAGUGUGUGCGUUUUUUAUUUAAAUGGGCAUAUUUUGAUAUUUUAGUUGUUUGUGUGUCCAUCUGUCUUAGUUCAUGAUAUUCUCAGUGAUCGGAAAAGCCAAUGUUAAUAAAGAAAGGGGACCUGGGAGAGGGAGGGGGAGGCGGAGGGCCCAUGGGAUGAUGGGUGAGCUGCUGUGUUUGCCUGUGAGUCACAGUGAGUCUGGGACGUGUUGAGGGCACGUGGAUGCAGGUGGCAGAGUGUCCCCUGGUAGAUGAACUGCGUCUCUGGGCCGUGCAGAGACUCCUUAGGAAGCCGAGGACGUUUGUCACGGAGCUGACAGUGCAUGCCAGCUGUCCCACCCACGCGUGCUCACCGGAGUGCUGUCCUGGCUGCUCCUGGCUCCGUUCCGCAGCCUCCAGUGCUGCCGGCCACCCUCCCGACACAAAGUCUUACAGAGGAGACGGGCCUCAUCUCCUGAGCCUCACUCUGCCCCUGGCACGGGGUGGGGAGGGGGCUGCCACUCACCCCCAGGCACUCCAUGCUCAAAACACUUCGCCACGCCCGUCAGUGCUACUCGUAGUCUCAAAGACUGACACAGCUCCUGGACUAGACUCAGGCCGCCUCUGCCGGAGGCCGCAGCCACGGCUUUAGCGAUGGAGAAGCCAUUGGUGAAGUCGCCCAUUGGUGAAGUCACGCGCGGAAUCUGGUCUCCGGACGCCAGGUCUUUUCUGCUGGAUCCGCAUUUCCCAAAACCGCCUGCCCACACAGAUGACUGCUGCAUGUGGGGUGGGCAAGAAGCAGCAAAUCUACACGACCCAUCCUCCCAACCCAGGGUCCAGCCUGAACCUUACAGGAGUUUGAAACUGACUUGGGUGUAAGGAUCCAAGUGGACCAACAUGGGGUCCAGGUUUCAAGGGCCUCGCUUUUCCUUCCAGGAUCCCCCUCUGACCUCCCGGGAAGCUGAUCAGUGAGGCUCAGAGCUGGGGGCUCUGGACAUCCGAGUGGGGCGAGGACACUCGUGAGCUGCUGCCAGCAGCCGCCUGGGCUCCCGCUGCCGGGGUGGUGAGCAGGGGAUUCUAAUAUUUGCCUGAUGCUCAGGGUGUUGCUGUUUACAGGCCACUUCCACAUGCCCUGUUUCAUUGGGUCUGUGAGAGGCUGGGGGGUGCUGGGGUCCCUCAAACAAAGUGGAAGAGGUUGAAAAGGAGCUUUAAAAACCCAGAGCCAGGCCCACGGACUGUCUGUCUAGGUUCUUUCCAGUUCCUGCGACUCCUGAGGGCCUGGGGUCUGGCUGACCCUCCGUACCGCCCGCCGAGCAUGGUGGCAGGAGUCCUGCACUCGAGGCCCACGACCUGGCGCCGUGGAGGGAAGCUGUGAGCACAGACACGCUGCCCGUCCUACCCGGGCACUGCCCAGUGACUGCUGAUGUGCCGGGGACUCAGCCUCGCCCCGUGCUGGGGGCGCCUGGAUAACUGUGUCACGGAUUUUAGACUCCUCCUUGAAGAGGGAUUUCUGAGCCAAAGUACAGAUUCAUCGAGACUCAGAUUUCUGGGCCUUGAGGGUGACCUGCUCAGGAUCUAACUGCCUGCCACUUGCCUGCAUUCAGGGAUCUUCAGUAGAACGAAGAGGGCAGAUACCGAGGGAGGCAGCGGCGGUUACUCUGCGUGGUGGUGGUUGGCUGGUGGGGCUGGACCUGCUCCCGGGAAGGCUGAACGAGAGGAGCCUCUCACCGUGGCUUCCAGGGAGCACCGCUGUGGGGCGAAGGUGUACACGCUGCCCGAGAGCCUCCUGCGGGAGGAAGGAGAAGGGACGGAGGCUGAGGAAGGUGCUGCCCGUGUCACCGACCUGUUCGUUUUUGUGCCUUGUCUGUGGCAUCGAAACUGAACUGUCUGUCUGUCUGUUGCCCGGGACUUCUUUUCAGUGUCAAAUAUACAGAGCGAAUUGCAUUGCAAUGUUUUAAACUGUGAAAUAAAGCAUUUUUCACCUC